CGGCGGGCGGCGGCAGACGCGGGGACUCGCGGGCCGGGACUGCGCGGGGCAGGCCGCGGGUGCAGGAGCCUCGGCGCUUCGGAUUCCUCCCAACCGGGUUUCCAAAAGAACUCGCCCAGCUCUGAGCUCCUGAGCACGGAUCGGACUCAAACUGAGAAGCAGACGUUUGACUGUAACUUGGGGCAGACCUUCCCGGGGCUGAAAGAGGCUCCAGGUUCGGAGGAGGAGGUGGCUGCGGCGGCUCGUGGGGCCUCGAGGCGAGAAGGCGGAGCUGCACCGCCUCGGCGGCGGCCCGGGCGAGCAGGCGGGGGGACACCUGGCGGAGGCCCUACUCGGUGUAGGGGGACGUGGGCAUCGCCUUGCGCCCUGGGCUCGAGAGACUUGGUCAAACUUUGGAAGGUAACCGGAGACGCUUGUAGUCCGUCGCCGAAGAGAAAGCCGCACCGUUACGUCUCGGCAGGGAGGGUAAGGCGACACCCCCUCCCCCGAUCCCCCAUCCCAGACCCAGGAGUCUGAGCCCCCGGCGGCCGCGUGAGUGCCACGCGGAGGCGGCUGAGGCGCCCCCUCGGCUGGCGGCCUCGCCCCCGCCGUGCAAGCACCCUAGCGCCCUGGGCUCCGCGCCGCCCACGGCCCGGCCCCGGCGCCGGGAGGACUCUCAUGCGCCGGGCGCGGCGGCGCCUCCCUGCAUCCUAGCCGCUCCCCAGCUCCUCGUCUUUUUCCUCCAGCUGAGAACGCCACUGCACUCUCUGCCCGCGAUGCGGGGCCCCGGCACUGUGGCGUCGCACUCGCCUCUGGGCCUGUGCGCCCUGGUGCUGGCGCUUCUGGGCGCGCUGCCCACGGGCACCCGGGCUCAGCCCUACCACGGCGAGAAGGGCAUCUCGGUACCGGAUCACGGCUUCUGCCAGCCCAUCUCCAUCCCGUUGUGCACGGAUAUCGCUUACAACCAGACCAUCCUGCCCAACCUGCUGGGCCACACAAACCAAGAGGACGCGGGCCUCGAGGUGCACCAAUUCUACCCGCUGGUGAAAGUGCAGUGUUCUCCCGAGCUGCGCUUCUUUCUAUGCUCUAUGUAUGCGCCCGUGUGCACCGUACUCGACCAAGCCAUUCCUCCAUGCCGCUCCCUGUGCGAGCGCGCCCGCCAAGGCUGUGAGGCUCUGAUGAACAAGUUCGGCUUCCAGUGGCCUGAGCGACUGCGCUGCGAGAACUUCCCGGUACACGGCGCCGGCGAGAUCUGCGUGGGCCAGAACACAUCCGACGGCUCCGGGGGCGCAGGCGGCAGUCCCACCGCCUACCCUACUGCUCCCUACCUGCCCGAUCCGCCUUUCACUGCGAUAUCCCCCUCGGAUGGCAGAGGCCGGUGGUCUUUCCCCUUCUCCUGCCCGCGCCAGCUCAAAGUGCCCCCCUACCUGGGCUACCGCUUCCUAGGUGAGCGCGACUGCGGUGCCCCGUGUGAGCCUGGUCGUGCUAACGGCCUCAUGUACUUUAAAGAGGAGGAGAGGCGUUUCGCCCGCCUCUGGGUGGGUGUGUGGUCAGUGCUGUGCUGCGCCUCGACGCUCUUUACGGUGCUCACCUACCUAGUGGACAUGCGGCGCUUCAGCUACCCAGAGCGACCCAUCAUCUUCCUGUCGGGCUGCUAUUUCAUGGUGGCUGUGGCGCACGUGGCGGGCUUCCUGCUAGAAGACCGCGCCGUGUGCGUGGAGCGCUUUUCGGACGAUGGCUACCGCACGGUGGCGCAGGGCACCAAGAAGGAGGGCUGCACCAUCCUCUUCAUGGUGCUUUACUUCUUCGGCAUGGCCAGCUCCAUCUGGUGGGUCAUUCUGUCCCUCACUUGGUUCCUGGCAGCUGGCAUGAAGUGGGGCCACGAGGCCAUCGAGGCCAACUCGCAGUACUUUCAUCUGGCCGCGUGGGCUGUGCCGGCGGUCAAGACCAUCACCAUCUUGGCCAUGGGCCAGGUGGACGGGGACCUACUCAGUGGAGUGUGCUACGUGGGCCUGUCUAGUGUGGAUGCGCUGCGGGGCUUCGUACUGGCGCCCCUCUUCGUCUACCUCUUCAUCGGGACGUCCUUCCUGCUGGCCGGCUUUGUGUCUCUCUUCCGCAUCCGCACCAUCAUGAAGCACGACGGCACCAAGACGGAGAAGCUGGAAAAGCUGAUGGUACGCAUCGGCGUCUUCAGCGUGCUCUACACGGUGCCUGCCACCAUCGUGUUGGCCUGCUACUUCUACGAGCAGGCCUUCCGUGAGCACUGGGAGCGCACCUGGCUCCUGCAGACCUGCAAGAGCUAUGCCGUGCCCUGCCCUCCAGGCCACUUCCCGCCCAUGAGCCCCGACUUCACAGUCUUCAUGAUCAAGUAUCUGAUGACCAUGAUCGUGGGCAUCACUACCGGCUUCUGGAUCUGGUCGGGAAAGACCCUGCAGUCAUGGCGUCGCUUCUACCACAGACUCAGCCACAGCAGCAAGGGGGAGACUGCGGUAUGAGACCCGGUCUUUCUCCCACCCUUGCCACUUCUACCUCCCCGUAGGAGAGGAGGCUUGGUAGGGAAAGAGAACUGCUGGGUGGGGACUUGUUUCUGUCGGCUACCCCCUCCCCCACUUAGCUUUAACGUGGAAGUGAGAAGUUAUUUGGAGGUGAGAAGAGAUUUGGGGUGAGAGGUGAUUUCGAAAGGCCUGAGUGAAAAGUCAAAAGGCGGUGUGGAUGGAAAGACUGCUGGCUAAGACUUGCAGGAUGCUAACUGAUGCUAACUGUGAAAGAUAUGGGCCUGGAGGGCCGCUAGGGAAAGGUUGAGAGCCGAGACUGGUUAGUUCCUCCGGGCGCCAGAGCUGAGCCAGGGUUGAGUCCAAUCCCUGCUGCAAGGCUAGUGGCUGUCCUCACUCCAGUGAGGCCGGGGGAGGGGGGAAGAUAGCGCUGUCUGCAGCCUGGCUUUGUUGGGAAGAUGGGAGGCCCCCUGUGGUGCCCUUGUCAAGCGGUGGUCAAACCAUAAUCUCUUUUCACUGGGGCCAAACUGGAGCCCAGAUGGGUUAAUUUCCAGGGUCAGACAUUACAAUCCUCCCUCCCCGACCCCCUCCUGCCUGUUUUUCCUCCCCUUCUCCUUUCAAGUCUAGUAAAAUAAGCAUUUGGAAGGCCGGGGAGGCCUGCCUGCUAGAAUCCUAACGCGAAGAUGCAAAAGAAGAGGGGAAAAUUUCCGAGAGGAGACCCGAGUGGUAGUCUGGUUCUGCUACUUUCUUCAUUUUCUUGGGAAGGCGGGAGGCAGACAGAAAAAGAAUGUUUUAUUUGGUUUCAUACCCUGAAAAAGAAGUGAUGACUUGUUGCUUUUCAAAAUAGGAAUGCAUUUUCCCCCUUGUCUUUGUUGUAAGAGACAAAGGGGAAAACAAAACUGUCUCCCCGAGGAAAGCUUAGCUAUGAAGGCAGCGGCUUUUAUAGGCAAAGCAGCAGAAAUCUGAGCUUUCCCUUCGGUGGUUAAUUUGGUUGAGAUAAACAUUCCUUUUUAAGGAAAAGCUAAAGACAGCGUGCUCUCGUACCCAUUCAGCUGAAGGUUCUGACUUGGAUAAAGGAGAUGCAAGAAGUUUUGUUAUUUGUUUUAAGCGGAUUUAAUUCAGAACACAUGAUCUAACAGGCUCUGGUAAACAGCUUAAUGAACUCUCCCUCCAUUCCGCACACCCCAUUAGCCUAAAUUUUGUUUGUUUGUUCGGUUUUUAUUUUUUUUGUCCCCACCUCCUUCUGUCCAGUGU